AUGGAGGCGGCCUCAAUCGGCAACGUCUCGAGCCCGGAUCACGAGAGCGCCCCGGCAUCUCCGGCAUCCUCCGCAUCUUCAUUAACAGCAUUGCCCGGCCAUGCUAAGAGACGGAGAGGGCGUGAUGCCACCGUCUAUGAUGCCGUCGCAGGUCGUGUCACGCUUAAUCUGUCGCUCGGUGACUUGGAAACACCCAGUGGCAGGAGUAAACGCCGCCUGAGCUCGACUGCCGACCGCUACUCGGCACGGAACCUGAAGCUCGCGCCUGAAGAGGCGCUCUUCCGACGCAAGAAUGCCCCGGUUCGCUACGCUGAACAGGACAUCUACUGGGCCAACGAAGAUCUCCCCAAUGGCGGACUCGGACAUCUCCCCGAUGGACUCCUGCUGAAGUCGGUCCACAGCUAUGCCAGCAGGUUCUACGAGGCGGCCGCAACACGGCUUGGCUCUCGCUGUUACGUCGGAACCAGGACCAUCGACGAGCGGAGCAUGGAUGAGACUGCUCUGCUAGCCUUCGGAGUUCUACUAGAAGAGGCGAGUCGUGAGGCGCUCGGCAAGGCGGGGGACCUGGUGUUUACCGAGCCAUCGUCUGAGCCGGAGGCGGCAACUAGGGUCGUUCAGGAGGGGAUGUCUAAACCAGCUUCCGAAGGGGCAGGUGAAACUAGGGAGAGCGUCACAGGGCAGAGUCGCCCAAAGGCGAAGCGGAGGAAGGUUGGGAAACAGGAGGAAUUCUCUUGUUGA